AUGGGCACUCAAGAGCCCGCGCAGGAGUUUCUCGAUGCGUACCGAUACCAGCUGUCCACAAUGGCAUACGCAUCCGGGCUGGCUCACUAUCACCGCCUGCCCGCCAUGCACGGACUCUUCCAGCCUCUGAUUCGCCGUCUGAUUCAGAAGAUGCUGUACCGCGAGGUGUGGGGGUAUUGGUAUCUCUCGUCCCAGUCUGGUAUCAUGCUUGAUCCGGAUUUGAAAGUGCUUCGAAAGCCGUGGGCUGAUCCCGUUGUCAGGGAAAAUAUCAUGUAUAGUGGUCAUCUGUUGCUCAUGACUAGUCUUUAUGCUAUGUUGUUUAAUGACGAUGAGUUUGAGAAGCCCGGGAGCCUGACUUUUCAUUGGAACCCGUUGUUUUGGGGUAUGGGCCCGGAGAUUUUUGUCUAUGAUAAUCGAAGUUUGCAGCAGGCUAUUAUUGCUGAAAUGGAACGGAAUGCGUGGAUUAUUGCUAUGCAUCUGAAUGAUGCACGCGACGGCACCGACGUGGCGCCCAAGGUCCUUGAGAAAUACAAGGCUGCGCUUGAGAAGAAGGGGAUGAUUGCUCGGAAUGAUCUGUACAAAGACUUCAUUAGCGUGAAACAGGGACAUGCUGUCCCAGCAAAGAGUGUGGGCUUCACCGCAUGGGCAGCUGCGUUUAUGAACACUUGGAACUCCGAGUUUGUUCGUGCUGGCUUUGAUAGCCAUGCCACCGGCUUUAUCACCAACAUCAACGGACAUGUCGAGCUUCAACACCCUAUGGUUGCGGGUGCAUACCGGUCAGCGCUGGCUCAGGGGGGUGCAUCUCAAGACCCAUCUCAGCUUCUGCAUGAUGCUCGUGAGUUCUACAAGUCCAACAAAUCGAGCAUUACCUUUCCAUACAACGAGCCUACUUUCGGGUACGUCGUGCAAUGGCUCUCGGAGUUGGGCAAAACCACGGAGUUGAACGGCAUCCUCGCCUACGCUGACCAAAAUCUCCAGCCUACCUGGGAAAAGGGUGGCCUAUACUAUCCGCGUAACGAUCAAACAACUGACGAUGAAUGCCGCUGGACUCAUAUGGACCCGUUCUCUGGCAACGCUGCAAUCGGCUACUCGCGGCUAAAUGUUGAAAACGGGCAAAAGAAUAUGUUUGAAGCGCCGUGGACAAAGGAUAUGUUGGCUAACCGGGCGUAUGUGGAUGGUCUUGAUCUGUCGCAUGGCGUUGACUGUUUGCGAGGUGUAUGGGAUCAGGAGCGUCGAGCUCUCGUUGUUACCUUGCGUGAAUGGAGUGGGAAAACGGCCAAAGUAGGUUUUGAGGUUAAAAACCUCCAAUCUGGCAGCUGGACUGUUUAUACGUCUCAGGGAGAGUCUACCUCACACGAGGUAUUGAACGGAGAGCAGGUUGCUGUGGACGCGACCGUUCAGGCCAACGAAGAAGUUGAUUUUGUAAUUAUCAGAGAUACGUAG